AUGGAUCCGGGAGACGUCGCUGCACUACCGUCAGAGACAUGCGCACACUUUCCGGUCGCAGAGGAAAAGUUAUGGGCUGAAAUGUUUAAUGCGAACGAGCACGGUGAAACAAGGUCGCGAUUGGCAGCCGAAAGCGCUGAGAAAGCUCAAAUGAUAACAGCUUUACUGCCGGCUGCUAUAGAUGCUGCGUCUUAUGACAUAAAAGAAAUGUUAAAUCGAUAUAAAGAAGUUAUGCUACUUAAUGACGAAUUACUAAUUGGAUGUCACGUGCGACGAUCAUCACAGGAACAAACAGUAACCUCUUUAAAAAACCUUCAUGGUAUACUCCAACAAGCGGCGAGACUUCGGGUUGGUAAAUACGGCAAAGCAGUUGUAACGGCGUGCAGAAAAGCUGUUCAAGAUAAUAAUACAGAGGCACUUAUUCAAAUAUUGCGAGUUGGAGAUUCUUAUUAA